CUCGUUUUUUUCCCGCUAAUGAUAAAAAAAAGGACUGUCGUUUUAUCCUCUCUGCUAGCAGAGAUAGAGAAAAAUAGAGAGCCAACCAAAGAGCUUCUUUAGUAACGGUUACUGAGCAUCGGUUUAUUUUACCACUGGUUUUGAAAUGGUUUAAAUCAGUUAGCUCUCUCAACUCUCAGUCUAGUUGUUUAGCUAAAAGCAAUGGCUAUCGGCAGCUUGAUUUCUAGCCGGAAUUUCGGUUCUAUCAUCGGCUCAGGCAAAGUUUAUGAACAAUCUACUUCACAACUUAAGGGAGAAAGACCAGGCAUUGUAGCGACAAGAUUUUCACAUGGGAACAUCUUCGACAGAAAGUGUUAUAGCCGAAUGGCUAUAUCAUCUACUUCCGGAUUCUCAUGCUCCCCUGUUCUUCGAGUCACAAAUCAUUCCGAUGAAAAAGCUUUGAAGUCUGUAGCAGUUCCUUUACAAAGAAGUCUACGAAAAUGUAACUGUUCUUCAUUUGCUUCAGUUGCCAACUGGCUUCACCUGAGCAAAGGGCAGUGUCAGCAUUUUGAGUAUGUCAAAGUCAAUAGAAUUCGUGCUAACUAUAAAUCUGAAGAGUAUGACAUAACAGAAGCUGCUGUAGCAGAGGGUUCAAGUGAGGCUGUCUUAGUAGAAAGAAAUCUUCCUUGGUGGGAGGAGUUUCCAAGGCGCUGGGGGAUUGUGCUACUCUGUUUUAUGGCAUUCUUAUUAUGCAAUAUGGACCGUGUAAACAUGAGCAUCGCAAUACUUCCAAUGUCACAAGAGUUUAACUGGAACAGUGCAACAGUUGGAUUAAUUCAGUCUUCAUUUUUCUGGGGCUACUUAAUGACGCAGAUUCUUGGAGGUAUUUGGGCAGAUAAAAUUGGUGGAAAAGUAGUAUUGGGUUUUGGAGUGGUCUGGUGGUCAAUAGCUACUGUGUUGACUCCUCUUGCUGCAAAACUUGGACUCCCUUUUCUGCUGAUGAUGCGGGCUUUCAUGGGGAUUGGCGAGGGUGUUGCUAUGCCUGCCAUGAAUAACAUUCUUUCCAAGUGGAUUCCAGUGUCAGAGAGAAGCAGAUCACUUGCUCUAGUUUAUAGUGGCAUGUAUCUUGGUUCUGUCACGGGAUUGGCGGUCUCUCCCAUUCUAAUCCAUAAAUUUGGAUGGCCAUCAGUCUUUUACUCAUUCGGAUCGCUAGGAAGUAUAUGGUUUGUUUUGUGGCUGAGAAAGGCAUAUAGCUCUCCGAAUGAUGACCCGGAACUUAGCAUACAGGAGAAAAAGCUUAUACUGGGAGGCAGUGUGUCUAAGGAACCUGUUUCAGUUAUUCCUUGGAAAUUAAUACUAUCAAAAGCACCUGUCUGGGCUCUCAUUAUUUCUCAUUUCUGUCAUAAUUGGGGAACUUUUAUUCUUUUAACGUGGAUGCCUACAUAUUACAAUCAGGUUUUGAAGUUUAACCUCACCGAGUCUGGACUAUUCUGUGUCUUGCCAUGGUUGACAAUGGCUUUCUUUGCAAAUCUUGGAGGGUGGAUUGCUGAUACACUUGUGAGCAGAGGUUUUUCCAUUACUAAUGUUCGAAAGAUCAUGCAAUCCAUUGGGUUCUUGGGCCCAGCCUUCUUUCUAACCCAGCUGAGCCAUGUUAAAACUCCAGCUAUGGCUGUACUAUGCAUGGCUUGCAGCCAGGGAUCUGAUGCAUUCUCUCAGUCUGGACUCUACUCAAAUCACCAAGACAUCGGUCCCCGUUAUGCUGGAGUUCUAUUAGGUCUGUCAAAUACUGCCGGAGUGCUUGCUGGUGUCUUUGGUACGGCUGCUACUGGAUACAUUCUUCAAAGAGGUUCGUGGGAUGAUGUGUUUAAGGUGGCUGUAGCACUAUACAUUAUAGGCACAUUAGUUUGGAACUUAUUUUCAACUGGAGAGAAGAUUCUGGACUAGAAAAUUGCAUGAUUGGGGUUGAAAAAAAUAUGUGCUUCAAAUGAGUGAGAGAGAGAUGCAGUUUUUUCAAGCUAAGGAGAUGGAAGUAUAAGAAACUGAGGGAGAAAAGUAAAAGUUUGCUGAACCAAUUAAUGGCUAAAGCCAGAUUAAAAGUUUUGCUGAUAGCUUAAUUUCAGGAACUUGGUUUGCUAUGACAUGUAUUGGGUUGGCUUUAUUAAUAGACCUUUUUAAUCGGUUAUAA